UCUGAAAUUGACACACACACACACAUACACACAGGCACACUGAGCCAAGCGGAGCAGCAGCAACGCAACAUUCCUCCUCUGAUCGGACCCAGGAUAGGGAUCCCUCUGUGCAUGUAAUCAACACCAUCUUCCAACAGCAGACUUCAUUCACACACACACGCACCGUAUUUCCAGACUUCAACUCCACAGUCCCUUUAUACUAAGGGAGAGUUUUGCCAAAAGAAAUAAAUCCUUUUAUUUUAGUGUGUAUGUGUUCUGUUAUAAAAAGUGAAAGCAUCCUUGGGAAUUAAAGAUCUAUCAAGCUGUGAUGGUAAUGAUGUCACCUUGCUCUUUAUAAAGCCAGCCUUGCCUCCAUUUCAGAAGGUCAUUAUAUAAUUCUGGUACUAGUGAGCAAAGAGUUUCCAAUGGACUUGCACAGAACAGCUUUCAAGAUGGAGAAUUCUUCAUAUCUUCCUAACCCCCUUGCAUCUCCAGCUUUAAUGGUCCUGGCCUCGACUGCAGAGGCCAGCCGAGAUGCCACCAUCUCCUGCCAGCAGCCUAGACCCUUUGGAGUACCUGUCUCUGUGGACAAAGAUGUCCAUAUUCCCUUUACUAAUGGCUCCUAUACCUUUGCCUCAAUGUACCACCGUCAGGGCGGGGUGCCAGGGGCCUUCCCGAACCGAGACUUUCCCCCUCAACUUUUACACCUGCAUCAUCAAUUUGCACCUCCAAAUCUGGACUGUACCCCAAUCAGCAUGCUGAAUCAUAGUGGUGUUGGGGCAUUCCGACCUUUUGCCUCCGCUGAAGACAGAGACAGUUACCAGUCAGCCUUUACACCUGCCAAAAGACUGAAGAACUGUCAUGAAAACGAAUCCCCUCACCUGAGGUUUUCGGACUCUGAGGGCAAGGAGUAUGAGUUCACAGCCCAGCUCCCAUCCAGUUCCCCCAGUUCACUGAAGCUCGAUGACACUGGAAAAAAGGUCUUUGCUGUGUCAGGUCUCAUCUCUGACCGGGAAAACUCGGCAAGCCCUGAAGAAAAUCGAAAUGAAAGAUGUGAUGAGGCAGGCAGAGAGCGUGUCCACAUUCUUAUCUCCAUUAAAAGAAAACAGGUCAAUGGAAUACUUGGACACAGUGGGAAUGAAGAUUGCGUCCCGAUCCUUCUCGGGUCAUAGGAGCUAAGACUUGCAGCUGGGCUACAUUAUAAAAGUCUCUUAGUUUUGCUUCUACUCCAGUUUACCAGUGUAAAGACUUGCCAGAAAAAAAAACUACCAAGGAACAUCGAGAAGCCUUGACAGGCACAUUAUCCUCCACAUGAACCAAGCUUGCCUGGUGCCUGUACAAGUGGAAAAGAAAAUGAAAAAUUGGCUCAAAUCAAGUUACAGUGUGCACCAUGACUAUAACUGUGGAGUAAAGCUCCAAAAAAAGAUGAAUGUGCCUUUGUCAAAAUGUCUGUCUUAAAUCUGGAUCUCAGUGUUAAUACUGCUGAGACCCUUCCGUGUUUUUGUUAGCUCCAAACACUACAAACUCGAUUUUCCCAUUUUUAGGCAAAAUAUUUUCUGAGUAAGAUUCAUAGUGGCUGGUCCACCAUGGCCCAAGGCAACUUUUCUGCAAUCUUCCACAUUACAUCUCAUUUAAUGUAAAGCUGGCCUUUACUGCAUUUGUCUCACAGAAGCAUGCAGCAGAAGAGACAGAAGUGCUUAUCAGUACUUGUCAAUGCCUUCUAUU